CCGAAGAUGCGAUGGUAAUAACACAAACGGUUAGAAUCCGGGGUGUCGAAACCAGAAGUCCCGGACGUUGUCUGCUUCUGUCUUGUCCCUGACGUUGUCUGCUUUUGUCUCGUGGCAAGUGGUCUACGCUGUACGGCGCUCGCUGUAAAUGGCUCCAUAUCGCGGCUUGACCAGAGAGCGUCGACCCGUCUUGCUAGUGCGCGGUGGUCUUCAAUCUUUCCAUCCACCAGCUGGAUGCGAAUGUCCUCGGGCAGACGCUCUAGAAAAAGUUGCUCAAAGAGUAGACACGGAGUGUGGUCGCCGAGGAGCGCUAGCAUCUCGUCCAUCAGCGCAGAGGGUUUUGAGUCGCCUAGUAGGCGAAAGUGGAGCAAACGAGAAGCCCUCUCGUGUUUGCUUAAGCCGAAUGUGUCAAUUAGUCGGUCCUUUAGUGCUUUGUAUUUGUCCUCAUUUGGAGGGCGGCGAAUGAGAUCUAGAACCCUCGUUGCUGUCUCCUGGUCUAAGGCCGCAAGGACGUAGAAAUACUUCAUCUCGUCGGCUGUCACCCUGUGGAGUUCAAACUGAGCUUCGGCUUGUACAAACCAAACCUCCGACUGGGAAGUCCAGAAAGUUGGCAGCUUGAGCAACAUCGCAUGUUCUUCGUGUGCCAUGAAACAACGUUCCUGGCUUCAGGGUCACCAAUGUAGCAAAAGGCUAACUACUUGACACAACGAGAAAACACAACUGCCCAAAGCCGGUUCCCAGGGUUCCAGUUGGUGAUGAAGCUGAUACAUGCAACAUGAGCACAUUAGGUUAUUUGUUCUACCACAGUACUAAUAGAUCUUUGCUGUUUUGUGAUUCUGAGCAGUGGGUUGAGAUAUGGUGGAAAUCAUACAAAUCUUGUUCUGCAGUUGAACAUAAGAUCGACUCUGUUCAGUUUGUGCAUAACGUCAAUUCUCGUUCACUUGUAAAGGUUUAUUGUGAUUAUUCUGUGAUCUCUAGUGGGUGUGCACUUGUGUGGAAACACUCAUAUUUUCAAGUUGGAAAUCCAACUGAUGACAUGCGUACUUUCAGUUCAGUCGAUCGUCCAUGUACUGAUCUGUCUGAUGGUUGGUGUAAUGUGGGUAACAAAGAUAAUGUUCCUGGUAAUGUUCAAUUGACAGUUGCUUAUCACGAAGGAGAAGUUGUGUAUGCAUAUCGUGGUGAUCGUAAUUCUGAACUGGGAAAGUCAUGGCGUGGAGCAAUACUCAACAAUCCAGUCAAAAUUACAGAUCAUUGCGAUCAAGGAAAUGGGAUUGUUUCAUCUGGAAUACCGGGAUUGACAUUUGACAAACAGAAUCCUGGUGUAUACACUGGUAACUGUGAUACAGAUACAUACAAGAGUAUGGGAGAAUGUCAUUGGGCAAAUUGUCAGUUACCUUCAUCUAUCUCAUCCAAAACAUAUUAUGUACAAAUGACAGUUGCUAUAUUUCUUUGUUGACUUUGCACACAGCACUUUAUGGGAUAGUUGCAUGUUGAUCUUGUUUGCAUUGUAUGAAAUGAAAUGUAACAUCUAGUAUUGUGAA